AUGGCUAAACCUGUCGAAUUCGUCGAUGCAGAGAAUCUGGCCGAACUGAUUAAAGAUCCGACAAAAGAACCAGGGAAAGAUUAUCUGGUGGUUGAUGUACGCGAUGAUGAUUACGUGUGCGGACAUAUUCCGGGGGCUAUCAACAUUCCUUCACACACUUUAGCAGAUGAAGUCAACAAGCUAAUAGAUAACUAUGGGCAGGUUCCGGAGAUUUUCUUCCACUGCGCUUUGUCUCAGCAACGCGGUCCAUCAUCUGCCCGUGUUUACAGUGAAACGCUUUUGCAAAAAGACACCAAGACAUCACAAAAGAUCCAAAUACUUCGGGGUGGAUUCGUGCAGUGGCAAGAGAAAUACAAGGACGACCCGCAACUGGUUGAAGACUAUGAUAAGGAUGCGUGGGAGCAAAUGGAGUAUUACUAG